AUGUUCCGAAAGCCAAAGAAGUCAAAGAAAACAAAGAUUCGCAAACGCAGUUCAUCCGAGGACGACAAUAAUGCAGGAGUGGAAUCCAAUCAUGCGGCGUCUAAUUCUGAUGACGACGAUAACGACAACGAUCUUGGUGAAGUACGAAAGCAAUCUGCAUUCAAGGCUCGAAAGAAACUAAAAACAAUUGGAAAAGCGAAUGCAGGGGAUGAUAAGGGAUCCGCAUUGCACCAGUUCCAGCCAUCCGCCAAUCAAAUAUCGCAGAAAGACUUGGUUACGUCCACAAGCCAACAUCAUCCUACAAAGACAAAAGUUUAUGCGAAUAAGUUAUUGGCAGGCCCUAUCCGAGCCGCUGCGAAUAUUAGGACGACAUGCCGAUUCGACUACCAGCCUGAUAUUUGCAAAGACUACAAGGAUACUGGCUUUUGUGGUUUCGGUGAUGGCUGCAUCUAUCUUCACGAUAGGGGGGAUCAGUUAAGUGGAUGGCAACUAGAUCAAAAGUGGGAAGAGGAACAAAAGAAAAAAAAGGAUGCUCAGCAGAAUCAAGUAGAGCAGUUUUUGAAGCAGAGCGAGGGUGGGGGAAAGCAACAAGACAGUCAAGAGACCCACGACGGGUUGCCUUUUGCAUGCCAUAUCUGCCGGGAUGCUUUUAAGAAUCCUGUCAGAACAAACUGUAACCACUUUUUCUGCGAGAAAUGCAUACUUGAACACAUGAAGACAAACGGAACGAUGUGUCCCAUUUGUUCAAAGGAUACAAAUGGCGUGUAUCAUGAACCAACAAAACUAUUGAGUAAGAAACGGCGACUUGUGGGACGAGCUGCAUCCUGGAAGGAGUUUAUGCUUAAAUGUCAAGGUGAAGCGGAACCUGAGGACUCCUAA